GAGCUGCGUCAUGGUAGGAAAGGAUGUGCGGCGAGGAGGGGUGUGUGAGAAGGUGUCAGCCAGGCCUCACGCCCCCUUUUUCCUACUGAAUGAACUAAAACUCAUCUUCUGUUCACACCUCCUCCUCCUCACAACCCUCUCUGUUUAUUCUGAUCCGGGCGCAGCGUCCUGAUUCCGGUGUGCGCGCUUCCCACCCGUCUGGAGCAAACCACCGCUCUGACAGCGGCUCGGGCUGUUUGACCGACGGAUAUAUCACCUCGGAGCCCGAGUAGAACAUCGUGUCCUCGGCAGGAGAGAAAAAAUGACAGCCAAGCACCGGAAAGGAAAAAGCAACCAGAAGCAGGAGGAGAACUUCUUUCAAAGUGAAACUGCAAACGCAGAAGUUCGUCCUGGAGGGAGAAACUACUCUCAUCUGCUGCUUGUAGUUCUGAUUGCUGUGCUUGGAGGCGUUACGGGCGCGUGGUUCUGUUUUCAGCAGCAUCAAACUUUAACCUACUUAACAGAAAACCUCACGGGUCUUCAGGUGAAAAUAGCAAAGCUGCAGUCUUCUCACGAAGAAAUGCGCUUCACUAAUACUAAGCUUCACAUUUCAGAGAGUGUGGAGACCCGUCUGAGUGCUCUUGAGGAGUCCUACACUCUGGCUAAGAAGCAAGUAGGCAUGGCCCUGGCAACAGCCGAGCAGCUGAAGACCUCUGACCUCCCAGCUCAAGUGCUGUCCCUCCACACAGAAAUGAAGGCUCGCCUGGCAGAGAUGCAGCAAGCCACCGUGUCUCUGGAGCAGCUGAACCAGUUCCAGAGUGCGCUGAUGGGGAAGAACAAGGAGUUUGAGGAUGUCAGGGGUCAGGUGGAUGGUUUGGCUGCCCUGAGCACUGAGCUGUCCCUGAAGGUGGAGGACUUAACAGUGAACCUGGCAGAAGCAGAAUUAAAGCUGGAAGAGAAGAUCGGUGAGAUCGCCGCACUGAGCGCCACGUUGCAUGGACAGGCCACUGAUGUGCUGGGACUGAAGUCUCAGCUGGAGGCUCACCAGUCUCAGCUGGAUGUCAGCGUUCUGGAGAUGGCUGCUGUCAGGAAGUUUUUGGAGAAUGAACGGCUGCAGCAGGCCGGUGAAGAGGAGCAGAUGGUGGAAGAAACACAACCUCCUGCUGAGCCAAGGGAACAGAUGGAGGAGGAAGAAGAUGCUGUUGAAGAAUUUAAAGUGAAAAGUUCAACUGAAGGUGAAGAUGCAACUGGGAAUAGUGAAACCGAGGAGGAGGUUGCACAGGAGGAGAAGGAGGUGGAGAAAGAUGCAGCAACAGAGGAGGAGGAAGAUGCAAAAACAGAGGAGGAGGAGGAGGUGGAGGAGGAGGAAGAUGCAGAAACAGAUGAGGAGGAAGAUGCAACAACAGAGGAGAAGGAGGAAGAUGCUACAGCAGAAGAGGAGGAGGAAGAUGCAGCAAUAGAGGAGGAAGAUGCAGCAACAGAGGAGAAAGAUGCAGAAACGAAGGAAGGACAUGCAACUCAAGACAUUGGGAUGAAAGACUCAACUGAAGAGACCGAUGCAACCGAGGAGGAAGUAAAUGAGGAUAAAGGUCCAGCAGCUCCAGAUAAGGAAGACAGACUUGACAAGGAAGAGACAGUUACAGCAACUGAGGAGGAAGAUGCAAUUGGAGAAAUUAAGGAGGACGAUCCAGCUGAGGAGAAAGAGGCUGCUGCAAUGACUAGAAAGGAGGAAGCAAAUGUGUUAUCUGAAGAACAAGAAGAAACCAUUUUAACAGUCAAAGAGGAAAAGGCAACUUCAACAACUGGAGUAGAAGAAGAAGCUGAGGAGAAAUUCACUCUAGAUGAGGAGGAAGAGGAAGUUGCUGCUGUCACAGGAACACAUGAACGCUCUCCAGCUGAAGGAAGAGCACAUGAAGAAGCAGAGGCAGAUGAUCAAAGAGACGCAGCUGCACAAAGAGCAUCUCCUGAGACAGAAAAGACUGGUCCUGAAGCAGUAAGAGACACGGAUAAAGAAACUGUUGCAUCAGAGCAUGAGAGAUUGAGCACAACCACAACUGAAGAAGAGUCAGAAAGUGUAGAAGAAGAAAACACGAACGAGCAGAAGGUACAGGAGUCAACAGUGGAGGAAAGCCAGACAGCAGCAGAUGAGGAAACAGAGGAGGAGAAUGGGAGACCAGAAUACAAUGUGGAAUUACGCGAAGAGGAAGAAGAGCAAAAAGAGGCAGAGGAAGAACAUGAUGCUUCACUUGAAAACAAAUGAGAAAAAUAAUCCACAUGCAAAAAACCACAGAUUCUCCAUUCCCACUCUGGGAGUAUCUAUCACAAAGACUUAGGAGUUUCUCAGGAGAAUGUCAAUGUUUUCCAGGUGUUUUAGGUACUGAAUUCAUGACCCAGUCAGGAUGAGGCGCUCUGCUGCUGAUACAUCACUCCGCCUGGUGACCUUCUCAGAUUCCACCUCCCACCUCAAACGCCUUAAUCCAGACAGGAACAGUCAAUAAAAUCACAAACUGAACUUAAAGCUAUCAUUUUGCAUGACAUGAUUAAAGUAUUUAUUAGUUGUUUUUUUUGUAUUUUUGAUACAACCGGACCUCCAUCUUGAUGGGAAGACAAUAGAAAUGAUUUAGUCUCAGCAGAUUGCUCCGAAAAAACACAGAACUAGCAAAGGAGGGACAUAUUUAGUGAAAUAAAUGCAAUAUUUGUUUUUAAAAAUGUGACAUGUUGCAUAUUUUUGAAAUCCUUGUUUAAUGCAUGCUCUAUGAAGGUUAGGUUAUUAAUUUAUUUGUUGUGUUUAAACUAGUUUUAACUGCAGCCAAGCUGAAUGCAUGUGUGUAGUUUCACAUACAGCCACGGGUGAAGGACUCCUAAUCAUCAUUAAGCUAAUGACCGUGCAGAUGUUAUCUGCACAGGAAAUCCUGUGUUGUGCUGCUAACUCUGGAGUUUUUGAUGUCUUCAUAACUGGAAAGUGAAGUUAGUUUACAAAACAUCAGUGAGAACACCAGAGCAGUUCUAAAGUGUCCCAAAAAAGUUUUCAGGAGGAGAAAACAAAUGUAGGUGAAUCAUAUGUCUCUGUUCAGCAGCAUAUAGGCGAAACGGCGAUCCUGUGAUGGACUGAAUCUGUUGUGUUCGAUUUGCCUCGGAACUGGGAAUGACAUCACACCCAAGUUAACCACGUUCUGGUUGCCGUAGUCAGAAUUCCAAUAAGGUGACCCCUCAAAAACUGAUGUUUUGUUUGUUCUCAACGAACACAGACGACUUAAAAAAUGCAUAUAAUUCAUCUUCAAAUAAGGCAGAAGCUUUCAGUUGCAAGCGCUACAAGUAACAUUUAUUUUAAAUGCACUCUUUGUGUGUGUCUUGUAAAACAAACACAUUUCAACCACAACUAACUGUUGUGAACAAAGAGCUGCCAUUUUGGAUGUCAAGGUCGGAGUUCUGAAAUCCUGAGUUUCCUACUGGCAGGUCCGACUUUGGGGUGCGUUUCAUAAGAUUUUUCCUACCCGGAAGUCGGGAUUUCUGAGUUCUGAGGACAAAUCAAAGGUGAUUUGUUUUGGUUGUACUCUCACAGUCCCUGUGCUGACCCCGUAACCUAAAAUAAUACCAGCUACAUCUACCACACACUGAAACUUGUGACAAGAGAAUCAAUGUUGGUAGUUGUUGCACACGGGCAUUCGACUAAAUGUGUACUACCGAAGUUGGUAUCAGUCUUUAUGUUUGGUUAUUAAAGCAAACUUUUUAUUUUCCUUUUA